AUGGCUGAAAUUAACGAAGCGAUCCUGCGGAUAACGGAAUUACUUCAAAAAUUGGACACGCCUUUGCACAUUCGGUACUUCAAUUUCAUCCUUCCGGAAGAGCCUGGCAUGCAAUGUUUUGACCUUACCAUAGCAACGUUGAAGAAAAUUUUCGGCACCCAGACAACCGUGUUCACAAAACGUUACCAGUGUUUACAGCUAUUGAAGUCCGAAGCAGACGACAUCAUCAGCUAUGGAGGGAAGGUCAAUUGCGCCUGCGAAGCUUUCGAAUUUGAAAAACUUACGAUAGACCAAUUCAAAUGUCUGAUUUUCGUUUGUGGUCUUAAAGCGCCACGCUAUGCAUACAUAUGCGCUAGACUACUUUCCCGCAUUGAAACCGAGACAGUUGAAGCACCAGUAAAACUUGAAAAUCUUAUCGAGGAGUAUCAACGACUCGUCAAUCUCAAAGCGGACACCACAUUAAUCGAGCAACCAUCAAGCUCGAAACAAACGGUGUACACAGUUCGUGAUAAAGAUACUUCGAAGAAUCACUCAGCGGCUGGUAAAUCUCCACGCACACCUUGUUGGCAAUGCAGUCAAAUGCAUUACGUUUGCGAUUGUCCGUUUUCGAGUCAUCAGUGUAAGACCUGCAACCAUGUUGGCCAUAAGGAAGGCUACUGUAGUUGCAUUUCCAACAAGCGGAAGUUUAUACCGAUCAGCGUCAACGGUGUGAAAUCCAAACUUCAGCUCGAUACAGCAAGCAAUAUCACGGUAAUUUCGAAGCAGAUCUGGAACAAUUUAGGUAAACCUGCAAUCAAUAAUCCGACGAUUGAAGCAGUCAACGCAUCAGGUCAGCCACUUAAACUAAUCGGCGAGUUUCAGUGCGAAAUCCAGAUCAAGGGUAAAACCUAUCAAGGAAGAUGUUUCGUCACAAUGACUCCAAACCUCAACCUUCUGGGCAUUGAUUGGAUAGAAAUGUUUGGACUAUGGUCAGUUCCCAUCGACUCCAUCUGCAAUCAAGUACAAAUGAAAAGCGAUCAACAAAUUAUUGAAUUCCGAGCGAAGCAUGCAGACGUUUUCAAAGACUCACUUGGACACUGCAAUACGAUAUCAUUGGUUGAUGCCGAGCUUACGCGACUGCAAUCGCUGGGCAUCAUUGAACCAGUCGACUUCUCCGAGUGGGCCGCUCCUAUCGUGGCAGUGCGCAAACCUAAUGGAAAAGUUCGCAUCUGCGCGGACUAUUCAACUGGGCUCAACGAAGCACUGGAAGCUAAUCAUUAUCCGCUCCCUACUCUAGAGGAAAUUUUCGCCCAACUUAAUGGCAGCACCGUUUACAACUUGAAGUUGAUGAAGAAUCACCAGCUUCUCACCAUCAAUACGCAUCGUGGUUUGUUCCGAUUUAAUCGCCUUGCUCCAGGAGUGAAGUCAGCUCCGGGAGCAUUUCAACCCUUGGUCGACAGAAUGAUCGCGGACAUACCAGGAGUUCGCUCUUUCAUCGACGACGUCAUCGUGUUUGGGAAGGAUAUGAAGUCGCAUGCAGCAUCACUCAAUCAGCUUUUUCAACAGUUCAAGGAGUAUGGGUUUCAUGUUAAAGCUGAAAAGUGUAGGUUUUUCCAACCAACACUUCGAUACUUGGGACACAUCGUGGAUAAUCAAGGCAUCCAUCCAGAUCCUGAGAAUGUGAAGAGUAUUGCUGCAAUUCCACCUCCAACCAACAUCACCGAACUGCCUUCGUAUCUAGGCGCCAUCAACUGUUACGGAAGAUUCUUAAAGCUAAUCAGUCCUACGGACUCGACACCGCUAUCGAUAUUUUUUGAUAAUUUCGGCCUAUCGGAUCAUUUGGUACCAAAUGCUACGUUGAACGUGAAUGUUCCAGAUCCAGUUCAGGUGGAACCAGUUUUGGAAUUGUAA